AGAAUUAAAGAGUCUCUUUAUGAAAGUUAAAACAGGGCCUACCUUAAUGAUCCAAGGACAUUCCACUCUGAUGUUGACAAGGAAAACUUAUUUCUGCCUCAGUGCACUCCAAUAUAAAAUUCCAGCUGGUUGUUGACCUUUCUUACAGAAAAACAAUGUGACAAUUGGGGAGAUACAGAAGUAUGAUGAUUUUGGCUGAGUGGGCCUGCCCAAUUGCUCCAGGGUCCUCCUGCUACAGUUUAUAGGAGUGACUGUGGUGCCUGAGUGCGUGGUGUCCUGGACAUCACAUUUCUCCAGCAUGCAUACUCUUCAGUGGCUGCUCAAGCCCAACUCUGCCACUCUGCUCCUGGUCCUCUGCCUGAGCCUGGGGAUCAGCUCAGCUCAAGAUGAACAGGAAAUACUUUCAGUGGAUAUCAGAGCUGCAAAGACAGGAGAAAAUAAAUAUUCAGUAACACUGACAGUCACAAACAAUAUGGAUAAACCCAUGGCGGUUAGAGUCACCAUUGAGGACAACCCAAUCAUUACUUACCCUUAUGGUCAUUUUACUUACACUUCUUGUGUGUAUGAUACACAAUCCUACUUCUGGGAUAUUAUAGUCUCAGAGAGCACUGACAUUGUAGGGACUGCUGAAGUUGUGUCAGAUGAAAAUAUAUGCCCUUCUGGUGAGGAACAGUACCAUGCAGUUGGCUAUCAAGUCUCUGCUGCUUACGGUAUCCAUUAACACCCUGAACUGGAAGAUCUGCUCAGAUUCUUAGUCCCUGGAAUCUUCUUGAGGAACUCUCCCUGAGUUUGUGAUAUGUCUAUGGGUAGUAAAAUAAACUUCACACAAUUUUGCAAUGAA